AUGGAUGGGACCAAACAGUUUUUGCUUAGUGAAGGCGAUAUUUUAUAUAUUCCUAGAGGUUUCCAUCAUGAGGCAUGUACUGUCAUCGAUAAUGACUGGCCCAAUGGAAUUGCUGGGUGCUCCUUACAUCUGACUCUUGCUAUUGAGGUUGAGCCUCCAUUUGAGUGGGAAGGAUUCACUCAUGUUGCACUUCAUCUUUGGAAUCAGAAACAGAAUCUAUCUCAGCACACUCAUGGUGAUUCUUUGUUUUGGAAGUUGAAAGUUAUGUCUGUGAACCUAUUGCAUGUUGCAAUUAAGCUACUUGGUGACGUCGAUCCUACAUUUCGGAAAGCUUGCUUGGUAGGUGCGGUUUCAUCAUCCGUUACAGGAGGUUGGCUGGAUAGGAACCAGAGAAUGAUUUUCGGACAUUUGAUCAAUAGAAUUAAUUUCAAGUCAAGGUUCUCAGAUGUGCUUAGGCAUGUAGAAGCGGCUGUUCAGAGACAUGAAGAUCUGUUCCAACAAUUUAGGUGGCUUCAGCAUCUCAAUGAAGGAGAAAUGGUUGAAGGACACGACUCGAGUAUUCCUUUUGCUGGUAUUGAAAACUAUUAUCAUCUAGGUAGUCAGCAUAAGGACAAGGCAGAAGCAGCUUUCAUGGAGGUUAAAUCUAAGUUCUGUAGUGAGGUAGUUUUUGAGGAUGUAGAACAUGGGUAUAAGAUGCUACUUGAGAAGUAUAAGAAGGUGAGAAGGCAAUACACCAGUGGGAUGCUUUCACUGCACUGUAAUUGA